AUGACCUCAGAAAAAAGAAAUAUUUUGACUGUGGAAGAGUUACCAAUUUAUGCAACGAAGGUGGCAGACUCUCAGGACGCUUAUUCAACUGAACGUAAACCUGUUUUUGGUGAAGAAUAUUUUCGACAACUCCGAGUUGCUACAAAUAACUUUUUUGGAAUUCCUGAGUUGAAUCUGAGUAAAGUUACAGAGACUUUGGAACCAGUAAAGGAUGUAGCUAGUGCUACUGAAGAUUUCAUUCGAAAAGAAAAUACUGAAUUAUUUCCAAAAUUGGCAGCUAUAUCAUGGGGUGGGCUGGGGGGAUAUCUUUAUGGAAGAAGGAAAGGAUUUAUUAAAAAAUAUUUUUCUACCUCUGUUGGACUACUUGUAAUGACUGCUUUUUGUUAUCCAAAUGAAACAAUUAGAGUUGUUAGAACGGGUUUUGAACAUUCAAAGAUGUCUUGGGAGGAGUUUAAAAAAUGUAAGUUUUUUUUAAUUUCUAACGAAGUACUGUACGUUCGACAUUUACGGGCUAAGGAUAAGAUGGGAAAGGUGAAUGGAAUUGUUUCAUAUUUUAUGGCUUGUUUUUUGACAUUAGGACCGGUAUCCGCUAAUGUCGGGCCGUUUUUGCUGCCUUUUUUCAGUUUAAAAUUUUUUUAA